AUGGCGCCUUCUUCAACGGUAAUUUCUAAACUCAAGGUCCAGCUGAAGCUCUCAAUUGCCCGGCUUCGCAUGGUCCAACAGAAAGAUGAAGCUGUUUCGAAACAACAACGUAGAGCUAUGGCUCAACUUCUAGAGACCGGAAAGAUAGAAUCUGCAAAGAUUCGAGUCGAGAAUAUCAUACGAUCAGACAUUACUACCGAACUCCAUGAAAUACUCGAGCUCUAUUGCGAGCUACUCCUUGCGCGAACUGGACUCAUGGAAUCUUCGGUUUGCGAUGCGGGCUUAGAGGAAGCUGUCAAGAGCUUAAUAUAUGCUGCGCCUAGAACAGAAAUCAAGGAGCUACAACAAGUGCGCGCUUUAUUGUGUGAAAAGUACGGGAAGGAGUUUGCCUUGCAAGCAAUGGAGAAUAGUGAUGAGAAGGUCUCGGAGAAAGUGCUAAAGAAGCUAUCUGUCACACCACCAGCCCAGGAAUUGGUGAAUGGAUAUUUGGAGGAGAUUGCUAGAACAUAUGGGGUUGACUGGCCAAAAAGACCAAAGGAAGAUCUUGGAGAAGCCCCAGAAUUUGUGGAUGAUGAUGAUGAUGAUGAUGACGAGAAUCCGAGUGGUGGACAGGCACAAAAGAACCUGGAGGCGCCGCUAGCAGCGAAUGGUAAGGCUGACGAAGAGAGAGAGGAGUUGAGUAAAGCCACCCCACCAAAAAAUUUCGGGCCCUCGAGCCCACUUAGGGUGAAUCCACCAAGCCCUCGUACAGACAACUUGCAUCCUAGGGUUCGCGGAGCUCUAGACCUGAAGCCAACAAAGAAAAUUCAAACUGCGGCUGCGUCAAAGCCUGGCAUUCAAAGCAAGGGUCCAGUUGGAGGUACGAUACCGGAUGUGGAUGAGUUGGCCGCAAGAUUUGCAGCAUUGAAGAAAUGA